CCAGCCAGACACGUACACAACUUCUGAGCUCAGUCGCAUUUUAAACUUGUAGACAAACACGUGCAAGCUUCUCCAUAAAUAUUUACAUACCUUACUAAGUUUUUCUGCAAAUAUUUUAGCUAAUUGAAACUAUUAAAAGUCAAAAUUUCAAGUUAAAAGUUUUCGCCUCAAUUUUUUACAAAUUCACUACAAAAUUUUGUUACACAAAUUUCUUACAACAUGAUCUCACAAAUCUGUGUCGUAAAUCUUGAUUACGAGAACACUCCAGCCGGACGGGGUUGGCUGGUCACGAUUGACGGUUUGGACCACGUGCAAGUGAAGCAUUUCCAGGACUACGUGACCUCCAAUGCGUGGGAAACGGAUGUCGUCAUCUGCACCACGCUCACCAUCGGGCCGGGCGAGGAGCCAAAGUUUCUGGGUGGGGAUUUCCUCACCCAUGACGCCAUUCAGGCAAAGAUUGACUCUUAUUUCGAAAUUUUGGACUUCCUUGGAUUUAAGCUGAUCGGAGUGAACACGACGUCCCACCCGGAAAAGGGGAAGCGGUCCACGUGGACGAUGAAACACGUGGCAAUGUAGGUUAAUGUAGUUAUAAUGCAGACUGGAGAUAGAUAAAUAUAUAGCUCGAGCAAAAUGAAUAGGAUUUUCCGUCUCUAAAUACAUUGAUUUCCACAUUAGCAAAUAUGUAGUACACUAAAAAUAAUUUGGUAAUAAAAUCAUGGAAAGUCGGGUAAUAAAUAUUUCUAGUUUCCCCCAUGA